CUGCCAGUGCCACAUCAGUGCCACAUUUCAGUGCCACAUAAUCAGUGCCGCCCAUCAGUGCCAGUCAGUGCCGCCUAUCAGUGUGCAUCAGUGCCGACUAUCAGUACCCAUCAGUGCUGCCUAUCAGUGCCGCCUAACAGUGCCAAUCAGUGCCACCUAACAGUGCUAGUCAGUGCCGCCUAUCAGUGCCAUAUAUGAGUGCUGCCUUUCAGUGCCCAUCAGUGAUGCCUGUCAAUGCCCAUCAGUGCCACCUACCAGUACCUCCUCAUCAGUACCUAUCAGUGUCCAUCAGUACAGCCUAUCAGUGCCCAUCACUGCAGCCUCAUUAGCGCACAUCAGUG